AUGGCAUCAGCCCAAGUGCAGUCCGCCAUGCCCGUGGUGGCAGGCACAUUCCCACCGCGGUUGCUGGAGCGUAACCUGAGCUCCAACAUCCCGGGCUGUGGCAAGGAGGGCAAGCCCUGCUGCUGCCCCGUGGCGGAUGCGGGCCGCACAAGCUGCUGUGAGAACCGCGAUCUUGCGUGCUACAAGUUUGACCGCGGGCCUGAGGAGUCAAAGGGCCUCUGCCUACCCAUCGACCCCAAGCCUGGCUGUGGCAAGGAGGACGGCACGUGCUGCUUGGCGUGGCGCGCCAAUCGCUACGUCGUGUCGUGCGAGGGCGGGCUGACGUGCAUCCCCCCGGCUGAGUUUGUGUACCGGAGCUCUGCGCAGCACGACCUGCUGGCUGCCAAUUUUGCAGCGGCGUACACCAACCCCAAGGUCCUGGGCACCUGCAAACGCAAGCCCAAGUGCGGCGUCCCCCAGGGCCCCUGCGGCGUGGAGGAGGGCUGCGCGGAUGCGGCGUGCCCCAAGGGGUUUUACUGCGCCAAUUAUGCUGACGCCACUGUGGGGUCGCGAUGUGAGCCGCUGCCUGCGGACGCCGGCAAGCCUGGCGGCUUCUGCCUGCCCAACAACUUCCCAGCCGCACCCGUCCUGAAGCUCAGCGGGUGGCCGGAGACGCGCGCCCCGCCAUAUUGUCCCGGCAAGGACGACGUGUGCUUUGCGUUUGCAGGCCCGCUGACUUUGCGCACGAACAGCUACCUCACAAUUUUUAACCCCAGCCUGGCCAAGAAGAGCGGCUCGCGCAUCUGGCUGAGCCAGUGCGUCACAGUGCCCAAGGCCUGCGGCGGCAUUGGGCAGCCCUGCUGCCCGGGUGUCAGCGUGGGUGUGGUGACAGACAAGCCGCUGCCCUCCUUCAACACAUCAUGGCAAGGGCGGCCCUGCGACGACACAUCAACGCCUGACGGCGCUUACUGCAAUGGCCAGUGGACGGCUCUCGGAGGCCCCAUGUAUGGGCAGUGCGUCGCCAACACCAAGGGAUGCAACGACAUCGGCAACAAGUGCUGCAUCCGCACCAGUGCUGACAAGUCCGAGCGCUACUGCAAGGGGGGCGGCAAACGUGUGUACUGUGUGUUCACAGACAACACCUGCAGGCUCUGCCCCCGCGUCACCGAGACCCUGCUGGACUUCUUCGUCUGCACCUAG